UUUUUAUUUUAAAAAAAAACAUAGGGAGAGACUACCUGCCGGCGGGCGAACCCUCCCCUCCCCUCCGCCCAAACACAACCCUAGCCUGUCCCCAUCUUUCUCUCUCCCUCUCUUUCUCUUUCACCCUCCAUAGCCGUGGUCUUUCAAUGACCACGUUGCCAGAGGAGUCCGAACCCCUCUUUUUCUUCACCAACAAUUCCCACUUCCCCCUUUAUUGAUCAAUCAAAACUUCGAAGCUUCUUUCAUGGCUGACAUUUUGUGGGUUCAUUCAUCUUCAACCGAUGACUAAAAUGGUAAAGCUCUUCCAAACCCCAUCUCCAUUUCAUCUUCUUAAGAUUUAUUCUUUGUUGGGUUCUUUUCAUUUCAAUAGAUUCUCAUCAAAAUCUGGUCUUUCCUCCCUCAAAUCUUCUCUUUCUUCAUUGCAAAUUUCCAAUGAUACUUUAGUUUCUAGAGUUUGUGAGAUUUUAUCCGACCAUCAAUGGAGACGGAGCUCCGAAUUGUUUCGGUUGAGCCCCAAUUUAACGCCCCAUCUUAUGGAACGAAUUAUCCGUACCCACAUGGAUGUUGGAUCACUUUUGCAGUUCUUUUACUGGGUUUCUAAGAGACCCUCUUAUGAACAUGAUUUUAAUUGUUAUUUUUCUAUGUUAGAUAGACUUAUUGUGGAUCAUCGUUGCCACGACGAUGCCCAGCAUUUGAUUGUUACGAGUGUUAGAGUUUGUAAGAAUGGGGAAGAAUUGAAAUGGGUUAUGGAAUUUUUGGUUGAUAUUAGAAGAAGAGGUUUCAAGAUUAGUAUGUAUAGUUACAAUACCUUAUUGAUUGCAUUGGGUAAGUUCGACAUGGUCGGAGCUGCCUAUAAUGUGUAUACCGAGAUGCUGUCUAGUGGGAUUAGCCCUAGUGUUUUCACAUUGAAUACUUUGAUCAAUAUGUUCUGUAAGAAGGGGAAGGUUGAGAAGGGCGAGCUAUUUUUAAGUAAGAUUUAUCAGUAUGGAAUGUGUCCUGAUGUUUUUACAUAUACAUCUUUGAUUCUUGGGCAUUGUAGAAACCGUGAUGUAGGCAAGGCAUUUGGGGUGUUCAAUUGGAUGUUGAAGAAGGGUUGUCAACCAGACUCGGUUACCUAUAAUACUCUCAUCAAUGGGCUCUGUGAUGAUGGCAAGUUGGAUGAGGGUUUGAGGUUACUUGGGGAAAUGGUUGAGAAAGGAAUUGCACCUACAGUUAAUACUUUCACCGUUCCAAUUGUCAAACUUUGUGAGUAUGGUCAGGUUGAGAAAGCUUCCAGACUUGUGGGGGCCAUGUCGAAAAGAGGCUGUCAUCCUAAUGUUCAUACGUACACAGCCCUUAUUAGUGGGUUGUCUCGUACAGGGAGUCUGGAUGUUGCUAUUGGAUUAUACAACAAAAUGAUGAAAGAUGGUGUUGCUCCAAAUACUGCUACAUGUAAUGCUUUGAUCCAGGAAUUGUGUGAGGGGGGACGGAUUGAACAAGCUUUGAGGAUUUUUGGCUGGAUGGAAGUCCGUAGGUGUUAUCCAAGUACUACUACCUGUAACACAUUGAUCCGUGAAUUGUGUGAGGACGGAAGGAUUGAACAAGCUGUGAGGAUUUUUGACUGGAUGGAAGCCCAUGGCUGCCUACGAAAUUCUCGUACCUACAAUGAAAUGAUAAGUGGGCUAUGUUUAAGAGGUACUUUGCAAGAAGCUAUGGUGCUUUUUGGUGAUAUGACUAGGGAUGGUCCUUCACCUACUGUGGAAACAUACAAUAUUCUGAUUUAUGGUUACAUAAUGCAAAAGAAUCUUGACAAUGCUGUGAGAUUGUUUGAUUUGAUGAGGGAGAGUGGAUGUGGCCCUGAUGAAUACACUUACAAUGAAAUGAUACUUGGGUUCUGCAAAGGAGGAAAGUUGGAGCUAGCAUCUUCUCUGUUCCAUGAAAUGUAUGGACGAGGUUUGCGUCCAAAUGAAUAUACCUUCACCAUUCUCAUUGAUGGUCAUUGCAAGGCAGGAAACAUUGAUGGAGCACAAGAAUUACUUGGUAAGAUGGAGGAGUUUGGUUGUUCUCCUACAACUGAGACCUUUAAUGCCAUUAUAAGUGGAUUAGCAAAAGACAAUAGAUUUGCAGAUGCAGAGAAUAUGUGCAGCAGGUUGUCUGAGUAUGGAUUGUUGCCUAAUGUUGUCACCUACACAUCACUGUUGGAUGGUCUUUGUCAACAUGGUGGGACAAAUCUUGCAUUCAAGGUGAUUCAUGAGAUGGAAAAGAAUAACUGCCAACCAAAUUUGCGUACUUACAGUGUACUCAUAUAUAGGUUGUGUCAAGAAGGAAAAGUUGAUUGUGCAGAAGGUUUGUUUGAAGAAAUGCAAAAGAAAGGGAUAUCCCCUGAUGUGGUGGCAUUUACCUCUCUUAUUGAUGGUUUUGUAAUGAUUGAUAGGCUAGAACGUGCCUUUUGCCUUCUCCGCAAGAUGUUAAGCUUGAGCUGCCAACCUAAUUUUCGCACUUUCUGUGUGCUGCUCAAAGGUUUGCAGAAAGAAUGUCAGUUGAUCAUGAACAAGGCUGCAGUCCAGAAUGAUGUCUCCUAUGGAUUCCCUUCUGAUGCUAAGGACAUUGGAUCUGAUUUGGUCAGCCAACUAUUAGUCAGACUUUCAGAAAUUGACGGUGAACCCACAGUUAGUACAUACAGUACUCUAAUCAGUGGUUUAUACAGAGAAGGAAAAUACGACGUGGCAGAACAAUUGGUAAAAAACAUGCAAGAGAAACAAUUGCCUCUGAACAAUGACAUCUUUAAUUUGCUAUUGCUAAUUUAUUGUAGAAGCUCAAGAGUGGAACCUGCUCUGGGUAUCUUGAAAUCAUUGUCAAGUAGUGAGUUUGAACCCCCAUUAUCUACUUAUGGAUUGCUUAUGUCUAUGUUGUGCAAGUUGAAUCAGGAGGAUGAAGCUGUGUCUCUGUUUAAGAACAUUCUUGAGAAAAAAUGGAACACUGAUGAGGUUGUUUGGAGUGUGUUGGUUAAUGGAUUAUUGAAGGAAGGACAAGUGGGUCCAUGUGUAAAGCUCCUUCAAGUCCUUCAGUCCAGUAAACAGACCGUCAGCCGAUACACUAUCAAGUUUUUGGCUGAAGAAAUAUCAAAAGUGGAUGGGUCUUUUGAAACUAAUCUACUUGUUGACGAACUGUUAGGCACUAGGAAUAGUUUUCCUGGUUGAGAUUUUGCAUUUCAGUGAGCUUUGGCUUGUGAUUAAUGAAAUGGCUUGUGUUGGUGUUUCUGCAAGUGAUUUUGAUGGAAUGGGAACAUUUCGCCUAAGUUUCACCUUUGCAGCUCCAUUAUCCGGAGGAGGACCUGGAUUUUCUGUCAGAGAUUGGUCACUCGUGGCCAUUGGCAUUUGCAGCCAGAGGCCCAUGAUUAAUUCCAGUUGCAUCUUUCUCCAUAUGAUCAUAUGUGGUUGGUUCGAGGGAAUAAUUCUCCUUUCGCAAUUUUCUUUCGAAGGCAUGUCUCUUACCCCUGUUGAUGGUGGAGACUGAAGUGCAAUUAGUAGAGCUGGCUUUGAGGGCGUCUCUUUUGAGCCUGGAAUUCAGAGAAGCUGCCUAUAACAUGGUGAAUUGGUGCUUCACUGCAGGUGGCUAAAUCAUCAAGACUGGGGCUCUGUGAGGCUCGAGCAAAUUACUAGGAUGGGGCAAUGACAUUUAUAAAAAAACCUUGAGCAAGUGUACAGAAACAGGAUUUGUGACGUGACACUGAGUUGUCCCUUUUUGUUGUAUACGUAACCAGAUAAGUAUUAUCAGACUACAUUUUGUUUUAGGUGAACCCAUUCAUUGAUCUAGUUUGAUUCAUAUUCUUUUUAACAUAAAGCAAUAAAAAUAGAGUAUCUGAUAUUGCUGACA